UUUGGUGUCACUAAAUCACUUUCCGUUCCCACUGACUGGACGGCUAAAGUAAACCCUGGAGAAGAAGAACAGAUCGCGGCGGGAGCAACAAGAACGCCAAGGAUCCAGAAAACUACCGUUUCCCCUCUCCAUUCGCAUUCCUUCUUCUCUGCCGGCUGUAGGCUACUUCCGCCAUUUCUCUCCGAUCAAACUAAGGCGGCGACGAUGUUCGACGACCAAGAUCUCGGGUUUUUUGCCAAUUUUCUUGGCAUCUUCAUCUUUCUCCUGGUAAUUGUUUACCACUAUGUAGUGGCUGAUCCAAAAUAUGAGUAACAAAUGAGAUUAGGUUGUACUUGUACUUGUACACUCUAAGAGGAGAAGAUUUAGAGAAGAACACAUGUUUCUGUAAUCUAGCUACCUAGAAUAUAUUUGAGGAUCAAAGUUGAGAACUAUACCGUAAUUUUGCUUGAAAUAUCACACGAGGAUAUUGUCCCGAUGAAUUGAUAGGGAGAUCAGUAUGCUGAAGGUACUGAGCUGAAUGAAUUGCUGUUGUAGUGAUUAUCCUUCUAAGAUGUUUCUAGCGAAAUUCGAGUGGUUAUAACCUAAGGU